AUGACGGGGCACAACAAGUGUUAUGAGUGUGACAUGUGUUGCAAGGCCUGUCAGUACCCGAGCCAGCUGGAGACCCAUCGGCGGGUGCACACGGGAGAACGCCCCUUCAACUGCUCGGAGUGCGGCAAGAGCUUUACCAGCUCCAGCAGCCUGCUGCGGCAUAACCGCGAGCACUCCAGCGAGAGGCCCAUCACCUGCUCCACCUGCGGCAAGAGCUUCACAACGGUGCAAUAUCUGAACUUCCACCAGCAGGUGCACUCCGGCGAGAAGCCCUAUGGCUGCUCCACCUGCGACAUGAGCUUUGUCCAGUUGUCGGGGCUACGGCAGCACCAUCGGGUGCACAGCAGUGAGCGGCCCUUCACCUGCCCCGACUGCAGCAAAGGCUUCAUGUCGUCGCCAGAGCUGAAGAUGCACAGGCUCGUGCACACCUGGGAGCGGCCCUACACCUGCAUCCAGAGCGGCAAGGACUUCACCAGCUCCAGUCACCUGAAGAAGCACCAGCGCACCCACACCGAUGAGCGGCCCUACACCUGCGCCCAGUGCGGCAAGGGCUUCACCCAGUCCAGCCUGUGGCAGCACCAGCGUACCCACAGCGGUGAGCGUGCCUUCCCCUGCCCGUCCUGUGGUAACGGUUUCACCCGCCUUGACCACUUGCUGGAGCACCGACGAGUCCACAUCGGCCAGCACCCCUUCACCUGCCCGCUAUGUGGCAAGGCCAUUGCCCACUCCUCCAGCCUGCUGGCACACCGCCACGUGGAUAGAUAGGCACAGAUUAGGUA